AUGUCUCAACCAUCGCCAGAGGGGGUCAAUUAUGUCCACUUCGCCAUGAUCUAUAUUGAUCGAGAUGGCAAUCUUUGUCAAAGGGCCUCCGAUUCAAUCGCAGAGAGCCGCCAGACGAUCCUCUCCCCGAGAGUUACAGGUGAAUUUCUGAGAGCAGUGGCGAUGUCGAGAGAAUCUCAAACACAAUAUAAAUCCUCCAAUGAAGCAUUACUGCCUUGCAGUCAGGGAUCACACCUUGAUGAAUACAGCCCAGCCCAGUCGCAGGGGGGACUCGUGGCGUAUAGUGGAAUGAGUAUGGGCAGUGAGCAGAUGCAAGAUCCAGUCCGACUAGAUGUCCCCAUUCAGCAGCCGAUGUGGUCAUCCCCAAACGGGUUUUGGCCAACAGAGACAAGACCUCGGAGGAAGAAUUUUGGUGGUCGGAGUUUCAACUUGACUUCACAUCAAACCGUCUCCAUCUCCGUGAAAGAACGGGAUUUUUUGCGCCUUUACUACGAGAAAGUCUUUCAAAACUUACAACAAACAAACUGCCGAGUCAUCGCCAAAGCUUACAUCAAGUUAGUCGAGCCACGCAAGCAAGUGAACUACCCUUACAAUGGACGGAAGAUUGUGGAAGGAAGAACUCGACAGCUCGAUCCAGAGGCUACCAAACCACCGUGGUGGCCUCUGGGAGUGAGCCAUAGGGAACCGGACCAUCUUCCCAAAGUUGAACGCAUUCGACUCCUAGUGCACAUUCUUUGCGAACUACAUGAAAGCCACGCAAUCACAACCAUCCGAUUGAAAGAAUGUGAUCAGCCCAUUCGUCGUCAGAUUCUCCCAGUUGAUCGUUUACAAAUAUUGGAUGAGGCAUAUCGAGUUCGCGAGAAAGAACAGGAAUUUCUCGAUGGCAUUUCAGAUGGAGAACAGCCUGUAUUGAUCGCACGUACCAAUCUCCCCCAACCGACCGAAGACUCAUCCAGUGGGCAAAGCUCACCAACGGCAUCCGAUCCCAUUCGAAACAUCGCCCGGUCCGACAGUAGCGACGACAGUCCUUGCAUCGGUCCAAGUCAAGUCAUACCUGUAGACCCAUCGCGCGGGCCCGGAUACAAUCCCUCCGAUCUAUACUGCUCAACAAUGCAACUGGGCCCAAAUAUUUCAUACCAGCCUGUGGAGACGCCCCCGACCCUGUCGACAUCACCAUCCGAGUCGAAGAGAAAACGCGAAUCAACUGAAAUGCAUUUGGUUGAUCGGACACGCCACUUUGACGCCGCAAACUAUCCAUAUCCUGGCGAUUCUUCUGUUCAACCAACACGGAUGGAGUUUUUUGCCCAUAAUAUGCCCCAGACUGCAUGUCUUCCUAUCACUCAGUCUUUGGCAGAGAGCUCCUCAACUGAGCCAAUGAUACCUUAUGCCAACCCCUACUUUUUCAACUACUAA